GCUGUGAAACACUAACAAGUCACGAUUUUUGCUCUUAUUUUUUACUAAUUUUUUAUUUAUAAAUGUUACAUAAUUUAAUUAUCUUUUAUGUUCACAAUUUAAGUACAGUAGUUAUCUACCUGCUAUAGUGUUAUCUCCUUUCCUAUUUCACUAUUUAAUUAGUUAAAUUCUUAUUCUAUUAUGGAGUCUGUACAGCAGUCAUUGGAACAGUUGAUGGCGCACUUUGACACAAGGAUGGCGGCUUUUCAGAGCAACCUAGAUAAGGCCAGCACUGCUCCAGUCACUUUGAGCACACUGUCUUCGGAUUUUGCACAAUUCAAGACUCUUAUGACGGAAUCAUUAAUAAGCCUUCAACAGCAGGUGCAUGUUCUUGCACAGCAACAGGAUCGCCUAGAGAUGCACAAUCGUCGCAAAAUUUUAUUGCUACAUGGAGUUCGUGUCGAUGAUGAGGGUGACUUGACGACGGUGGUCUCCGGCAUUCUCACUGAGAGGCUUAAGGUGCCCGUUUCACCAGAUAACAUAAGCCGUACUCAUCGAAUGGGCGGCUUAUCUCAAGGGAAACUCCGGCCUAUUCUGGUCAAAUUUCGUCGUACAGAGGUGAGAAAUAGUGUCUGGUCUGCGAAGACUGCACUUAAAAACAGUGGCAUUACACUGUCUGAAUUUCUGACUAAAACGAGGCACGACAUCUUUAUGAAAGCACGGAAACACUUUGGUGUCACGAAAUGCUGGACACGAAAUGGCGUCGUGGUGAUCAUUGGUCCUGAUGGUAAGAGGCAUCGAGUCAGUUCCAUUGCCGAAGUUAGUCAGCUUAUCAACGUUUUGCCGAUUUCUGCUGGGGGCGUUGUUUCCAUAUCCACAAACACCUCGGUCGCCUUGAAGACGUCGGAUUCGGCUGGUGCAGGUUCUUCGCGUUCUAAACGUGUUGUGAAGAAGUGAGCUGUUUUGUAUGAACUAGUGUGAUGGUUUUGGUGGCAAUAUUAAUUUUUGUGGGUAUGUAACAUUCGCUUUUUUUCUUCAAAUUUGUAAAGGUUAAUGCUUUAUUAAUUAUUGUUUUUUUAGAAUAGGUAUGCAAAUAAAAUAACUACAUUUGCCAUUAUAUUAUGAUAUUUUUAUUUUAUAACAACGACACUAACUUAGUUAUAACAAAUUAGACUGGCAUUUUUAUUAAUGUUCCUUAACAUGGAUAGGUGAUACCCACAUAUAAUUCUUAAUGUAAAUAUGUGUGUGUGUUUGUUUAUGUGUGUAUAUGUAGGUAUAGAUAUUUUUACUGAUAUGUUUUACAGCUCUGGAUGUUAGGCCUUUUAAGCUCAAUUAGAUUUGUAAGUUUUAAUGUUGCCACCAAAAACGAAACCAAAUGUUUUAUGCUUUACGAUUGUUGUUGUUAUUAUUAUUGUUUUUUUUAGUGCAGACUCUCUUUGUUCAAUUCAAAUGAUAUUAUUUUUGUAUUUUUCAAUUUUACAAUUAGUCCACUACUGGCAGGUAGAUGCAUUGAAGUUUUAUCUGUUUGUAUAAAGAUAUUUUUGUUUUGGAUUUAUAUAUAUAUAUAUAUUUUAGUAUUAUUUUGUACACAAACAUACAUGGUUUUAGAUUCCGAUUCUGAUGAAUUAUUUCAUUCAGUUUCUUCUUCCUCUAGCGAUGAAAGUUUCCGUAGUUUGCCUAUUCCUUUAGAAGAAAUAUUAAAGACUACAUUCUCUUCUUCCACUAAAAACUUUAAUACCGUCCACAUAAACGCCCAAAGUAUUCCUGCA